AUGGUAGUGGCAGUGCCCCUUCUGAACGUUCUGAAGGACCCCUCCAGGACCAGCUCCCCGAACUCCAUCAGGUCUGGACCCUUCCAGCCAAUCAGCAGACUCUGGACCUCCUACACACAGGAGAGGACCGUAACAACCUCUGAGGACCAGGAGAGGACUGUAACAACCGCUGAGGACCAGGAGAGGACCGCAAUAACCACUGAGAGCCAGGAGAGGACCAGGACCGUAACAACUCCUGAGGACCAGGAGAGGUCCGUAACAACUCCUGAGGACCAAGAGAGGACUGUAACAAUCCCUGAGGACCAGGAGAGGACCGCAAUAACCACUGAGAACCAGGAGAGGACCGUAACAACCCCUGAGGAUCAGGAGAGGACCAUAACAACCCCUGAGGACCAGGAGAGGAUCGUAACAACCCCUGAGGACCAGGAGAGGACCGCAACAACCCCUGAGGACCAGGAGAGGACUGCAAUAACCACUGAGAACCAGGAGAGGACCGUAACAACCCCUGAGGAUCAGGAGAGGACCAUAACAACCCCUGAGGACCAGGAGAGGAUCGUAACAACCCCUGAGGACCAGGAGAGGACUCCUGAGGACCAGGAGAGGACCAUAACAACCCCUGAGGACCAGGAGAGGACCAUAACAACCCCUGAGGACCAGGAGAGGACCAUAACAACCCCUGAGGACCAGGAGAGGACCGUAACAACCCCCGAGGACCAGGAGAGGACCACAACAACCACUGAUAACACAGAAGAGGACAGCAACAAUCCCUGA